GGAGGUGCAGAAGCUUCUGGACAGUGGAAUUACACACCAACAGCGUGCCGAUCUGUUGCUUUCCGAGGUUGAUGCUGCUCGGGCCAAGGCUCUGAAAGCCGUGGAAACAGGAGAGGAGACUCUACGCGAGGCCAACGAAACUCUCCAGACUCUGCUAGGUUUCAACCAGGUUGUUCAGGACAGUCGAGGCAAGGCAGAGGAUGCCCUUGAGAAGGUUCCAGAGAUUGAGGCAAACAUCAGGGAGGCCGAGGCUAGAACCCAGGAGGCCAGGGAUGCACUCAGUGGGGCAGGAAGUGACGCGGCAGAGGCCCUACGUAUCGCCCAGGAGGCUGAGAAAAUGGCUCAAGGGGCCUCUGAUGAGGCGAGUCGUAUCCGUCAAGAUGCAGGCCAAACCAAGCAGAAGGCUGAGAAGCUGCUGGAUGAUGCAGACCAGCUGGACAAAGACGUGUCAGACUCCAAGGAGCAGGUGGACAACCUCAAACUGAAGGCUGAUACCGACAGGGACCAGACAGAUAAUGCCUUACAGAAGGCAGGUGCCGCCAAGCAGUCUGCUAAGGAAGCUGCAGACAGAGUGGCAGACGCUUUAGCCAAGGUGGAAAACAUCAGCCAGAUACUUUCUACGCUGCGUGACCUUGACACUGCAGAACUUGAUCGCCUGGAGACUGAGCUGGCCGCUGCAGAGGCAGUGCUCCAGAAUGCAGACCUGGAGGCACAGUUUGCCAAACUCACCACAGCCAAUAACCAGUUGAAGGUGUGGGUGCAGGAGUACAGCCAGGACUUGUCAGAGCUGGAGAAGGACGUUCAGAAUGUCAAGGACAUCAUGGACUCGCUGCCCACCGGCUGCUUCAAGAACAUCGACAUAGAGACACCCACUGCACAGUAACCAAGGUUAUGGAACACCAGAACUAUUACCUUGGUGAUAUGACCACCAUGACCUUGGGGUUGGCGCAAACUUGACCUUAGAGAACAACGAACUACCCAAACCUUGAACUCUAUAUAAGUGUCCCUCAAAAGGCAUUUGUUUCAUCAAAUAUAAUAUCCUGAAAAAACAGAAAUGUGUUUGUUGACGGAGCUACUCUUGUCAUGAAUGUAGAAAUGUUAGUGCAACAAUAUGACAUGUCUGCUUGAAUGUACGGCAUACUGUUGUCAUUGUUGUUAUUAAAUAUUAGGAUUUAAACAAGUAGAAAGUUCACGUAUUUGUCUUGUUUUUUUUAGGAACUGUUGUAUUUCUAAACCUUACUGACCUAUGCAACUUAUUAUUAUGAUGUAGUCCUUUGAUUGGAAUAAUAUGGUUAUAAGGUUAGAUCUGUACAAACAGUGAUUUUGAUGUUUGCAAAUGUUUUGCAUGCAUAAUUUGCUGUUUGUGCCUGUAUUCUUUAUGUUUGGAAGUUUUUACUGUUUAAGAUAUCAUGUGUCAUGGUAACAAACCAGUAUGCUGUUCAUUUGGAUUUUACUGCAUUUCAUGUUACGAUCAGUAGAAAUAUUUUUGCAAGAAUAAAUUACAUAAUUAUGUACCUAUUUGAUUAUGAUGAGAAAAGAAGUCAGCAAUUCAUAUGUUUGACAGUUAUGACACUUUGCUUGGAACAUAUUAUUGUUAUUAUUGUUAUUCAUGAUUUGAUUCUAUGACAAAGAAUAUACAAUCUUAUUAAAAUCAUAAUAUAUCUGGCAAUGUAUAAAGAGUAUGCAUUUAGAUAUUUUCCUGUCAAAAUACUGAUUACUCCAAAAUCGUAGAUAAAAAUGAUCUUAUUUGAUAUUUUGUUCUUUAACAUAAUCUAUGGCUUGUGUUCUUCAUUUAAUGUCUUUGCUUUAAACCAAAGACAUCAUGCAAGAGCUUUACUGUUUGCUUUAUGGGCUAUAUAUUUAUCUUAAUCUGCUUUUGGCUUCAGUUUAAGAUGUUUUUAUAGCAUUUAAUUGUUAAUAUUUACCCACCUUAUCAUGGCUGGCCACACAAAUAUUGUUUUGUUACUCUGCAUGUUUACAUUCAUUCUUAUGCUUAUGUUUUGUGAAGCUUAGCUUGCCAAUUCUGUUUUUUAAAUGAUUUAAGGGUAUCAUUAAAGUGGAUAAUUUAACUAGAAUAAUAAAGACAAUCCACCUCGUUAUGUAUUCUACCUAGCAUUACCAAGCACUUGGUUGAUCAUUUUUGUGUGCAGCACGUUUACUACCAUCAGCACAAAAAACUAGGUAUAUCCAUAGUUACAAAUCCAUAAACAAUUGCCCAUCUACUGUUCAAAUCAGUGACUGAUUAUUACUGUAACACUGUUGAUUAAAAAGCAGUGCUUACUCUCCUAUUCUCUAAUGAGCCCAUGGCCACAAAUAAUCACUUUAAGGUUAAGAAAAUACUAUUUGUCUACACUAUUUUCUGAGCAGUGGGAAGCUCUGAUAAAGGUCAUAUGGCAUGAGCGAAAUGGGUCACAGUUUAUAAGAAGGUAGCAUGUAAAUUUAUGUGUAAUAUUAAGGUUUAAUUAGCAAACGAUUUCAUUUAAUGUGUACAAUGGUUCUGUCUUUGUUCAAACCUGACAAUCGUUUCUUAAAGCGACAGGGUGUACAAGUGUAUGUAGCACAGAAGUUUAUACAACAAGUUAAUAGUCCUUAAGCAUCUUAACUUGGUCUUUAAUACGUUUUAUUUUAAUGUUUUGCUAUAAUUCCUGAAUAGUUUUCUUUAUUUGCAACUACAGAAUAGGUGACACCAUUUUGGUGUUAACACUUUUAUUUCAAUAAAGACAAUUUGUUAUUCUGGAUUAUAUGGAUUUCUAAAAGUUUCACAUGAAAAUCAAAGAAUAUGGUAUAAGAUUAACCAUUAAUAUGUCAUCACAUCUUGUUUUGUCUAUAAGAUAUGGGCAUACUUACGUAUUUAAUCUUUUGAUAUUAAAUUGUAGGACUACUUGCAUUGUACAGACCUUCGAUGUGUCAGGAUAGUUUAGUGCCAAAAUAUGUUUCAGUUGUCGUCCUUAUGUAACAAAUUGUUGUGGCAUGUUUCUUAUCUCUUGUGUUGAGUUUAUAUCAAUAUUUGUGUUACUCGACCAUUCUGUGUUUAGAUUGUAUUGCAGUUUAGCAAAAUUUUAGAUAAUGCUGUAAGUUUGUAGAACAUAAGCUUGUUCAUGUAUAUAAAAUAUAUAUGUAUAUUUCAUAUGUAUUACAUUUUUAUGAAGCAAUUAUUUCAGCUGAAAGAUUUUUUUGCAAACAUCUUGUGAUUUUUUUUAAUUUUCUUCUGCAUGUUUAUGUUAUUUUCUAUCCUUUCUAUGUUGCACGUUUAGUUUGAACACAUUUUUAAAAGGAUUAUAUUGCAAGUCCAGCCUUUGUUUUAUAUUAUUAUAUGAUCAAAAAAGUUCUCCAGAUGUCUUUUGCAUGUAGUCGUUUUGAUGUUAACAUAUUCAAGGCCAGUAAAAUGUAUGUACUUUGUUUUUUUACCUUGGUUCAAUUUAAUGAUCAGUUUGAGAAUUUUGCAUCUUUAAAAUCUAAUCAGCAUAAUGUUAGACACCAGGUUGUAAUUGACACAAUGUUUAACAGAUCAUGUAUAAUUUGUUAUGCAAAUUCGUCCAUUUUGUAAGAUUUUAAUAUAAAAUGUGCUCAUCGGUAUAUACAUUCUAUACCUGUUAAUUAUCAUGUAGCAUAAUUCAAAUUUGAUUGGAAUUCCUCACAUGCAUAAUAAUCAUUAAUUAAUAUUAAAGGUGCUUGUUCACAUAUGUUUAUAUAUUUUGCUAGUUUGUGUAAAAAAGAAAAGUGAACAACAAUUUGGAAAAUUAUUAAAUCGUCAAACUUUGAACCUUGCCCUUAUUAAGUUAUAACAAUUUGUAACCGAAUCUCCUCAUGACAGUUGCGUUGUGAUUUAUUUCUCAAUAUUAUUUAAGAAAAGAACCGCAAGAACAAACUAAACUGUGUGUUUUUUUAAAGUGUUGUAUAUUCAAGUUCACUGUUUGCCAUACUUUGAAGUAUUUUUCUGAGAUAAAAUGCCUCAAGGAGAAUUAUUGUGCCAAACAACUUUUUUUCCAUCAAUAACAUAUUUUUCCUUAACCCUUCCAGCGCUGGAACCAAAUUUUAAAGGCUUUUGCAAACAGUUUGGAUCCAGAUGAGACGGCACAAAACGUGGCGUCUCAUCAGGAUCCAAACUGUUUGCUAUUCUGAUAGUAUUCUUUGAAAAAAAUGGAAGAAAAUGCUAAUUUUAGAAAUUCAGCAGACAGCAUUUUAGCAGACGACAAAUUUCCCAACAUGCAAAGGGUUAAGAAACCUGCACAGUCAAAACUUCAGGAUUUUUUUCUUUGCUCAUAUUAUUUGGUUGUGAUAUGAAAUUUUACUUGAUUGGCAAAACGGCACAGAACGUGGCGUCUCAUCAGGAUCCAAACUGUUUGCUAUUGUGAUAGUAUUCUUUGAAAAAAAUGGAAGAAAAUGCUAAUUUUAGAAAUUCAGCAGACAACAUUUUAGCAGACGACAAAUUUCCCAGCAUGCAAAGGGUUAAGAAACCUGCACAGUCAGAACUUCAGGAUUUUUUUCUUUGCUCAUAUUAUUGGUUGUGAUGGGAAAUUUUACUUGAUUGGCGAAAAAAGGCAAAAUUGUUUGACCCAACACAACUUAAUUUGUGGGAAAUAUUCAUUUGUAUGGAAAUAUUUAUCUCCAUUUCAAGCAUCCUUUAAUUAAUUUUAAUAUCCCAAUUUUAUAUAAAGGUACUCAGAUGAUUCAGUGAUUUUCGCUAUCAUUGUUAACGUAAUCUUUGUUUAGGUACAUAUCAACAGUUAUAACAGAGAACGAGUCAUUAUCAAGUUUCAAAAACAUAGUAAUUUUACGAACCCUUUAGUUUAUGUGUCGACGUGAAGUUUUACCAUGUUAGCGCUUCCGUUUCUAAGGAUUGUAUAGGGUUGUAUGCAUCGUUUACUCAUAUAGAUUUUUACCUGAUUUCUGUUGAUUUUAUUCAAAUGUAGCUUUUCGAUGUUGCGAAUUUAUAAACUUGUACAACUAUUGAAUUUAUACUGUAUGUACAUGUAGUUGUAUUCAACAUAAAAUAUCAGUUCAGUUCAUUUUAAUUUUGUAUUGCUUUUUAUUUACUUUUCCUUUUUGUACUGAUUGUUUAUAAAUAUAACUGAUCUGUAAACAUGA